GCCCGGGGGUAGCAGAGACAUAAAAGUGCGGAUACCAGCCCGGAGCGCGCCGAUCGAGGGCUGCAGGCAGGCGGCGAGCGGGCGCCGGGCCAGGGGCUGGGAGGCCCAGGGCUCCCUCCCCGGACAGCCCCGCGCGCUCCUCUCCUCGCGCCCGACUGCGCGCGGCCCGGCGGGGACGUCCGGACUGCACAGUCCCGGGCGCAGUGGCUCUGCAAAAUGGUCCUUCACUUCGUGCUGCUCUUCCUCCUCCCGUUGGUGCGAGCCACCGAGCGCCCCGAGGGCAGGGCGGACGAGCAGGUCCUGGAGGCGGCUGUGGCCGUGCCCAACACCUCGCACUUCUUCUCCUGGAACAACUACACCUUCUCCGACUGGCAGAACUUUGUGGGCCGGAGGCGCUACGGGGCCGAGUCCCAGAACCCCACGGUGAAAGCCCUGCUCAUCGUGGCUUACUCCUUCAUCAUCAUCUUCUCGCUCUUUGGCAACGUCCUGGUCUGUCAUGUCAUCUUCAAGAACCAGCGAAUGCACUCGGCCACCAGCCUCUUCAUCGUCAACCUGGCGGUGGCCGACAUAAUGAUCACUCUCCUCAACACCCCCUUCACUUUGGUCCGCUUUGUGAACAGCACGUGGGUCUUCGGGAAAGGCAUGUGCCACAUCAGCCGCUUCGCCCAGUACUGCUCACUGCACGUCUCAGCGCUGACGCUGACGGCCAUUGCCGUGGACCGCCACCAGGUCAUUAUGCAUCCGUUAAAACCCCGGAUCUCCAUCACAAAAGGUGUCAUCUAUAUCGCAAUCAUCUGGACCAUGGCUACGUUCUUUUCACUCCCACAUGCCAUCUGCCAGAAAUUAUUUACCUUCAAGUACAGUGAGGACAUUGUCCGCUCUCUAUGUCUGCCAGACUUCCCUGAGCCAGCCGACCUCUUCUGGAAGUACCUGGACUUGGCCACCUUCAUCCUGCUUUACAUCCUACCCCUCCUCAUCAUCUCUGUGGCCUACGCCCGUGUGGCCAAGAAGCUGUGGUUGUGCAACACAAUCGGCGACGUGACUACGGAGCAGUACCUGGCCCUGCGGCGCAAGAAGAAGAAGACCAUCAAGAUGCUCAUGCUGGUGGUGGUCCUCUUUGCCCUCUGCUGGUUCCCCCUCAACUGCUACGUCCUCCUGCUGUCCAGCAAGGUCAUCCGCACCAACAAUGCCCUCUACUUCGCCUUCCACUGGUUUGCCAUGAGCAGCACCUGCUACAACCCCUUCAUCUACUGCUGGCUCAACGAAAACUUCAGGAUCGAGCUGAAGGCAUUACUGAGCAUGUGCCAAAGGCCAUCCAAGCCUCAGGAGGAACGACCACCGUCCCCAGUCCCUUCCUUCAGGGUGGCUUGGACAGAGAAGAGCAAUGGCCGGAGGGCUCCACUAGCCAACAACCUCCUGCCCUCCUCCCAACUCCAGUCCGGGAAGACAGACCUCUCAUCCAUGGAGCCCACUGUGGCAACGAGUUAGAGGAGAGUGGGAAGAGGCAGGAGGAGGGCUGUGUCUCCAGCUGAGGUUAGGAAAGGGCCUAAGGUCAGAGCCUGUCCUCUCACACAUGACCGUCACAGUGCUGGAAGUAAGUUUCUGCAGAAGCCAUAGGACUCUUGAGUUUCUAGGAAACUCUUCCCAGUCUCCUAGCCCCAUUGAUGUGAAAACUAAAAGGCAACUAGCAAUUCGACACAUGUUCAUGAAUUCCUGUUUAAGAAACACUUCAAGGCAUAUCAUCGCGUGUCUCUGAGCCAGAGAACCCCCGACAACUUCAGCCCAAAUGGGGGCUGAGUCAGUCAACUGUCUCUAGCUGUCAGGCAGCCAGCCACCUUACAACCCUUCCUGCCACUGAGCAUCCAUAAAGGACACCUGAGUCAUGCUUUGGGCGUGGCUGACCCAGAUGCACGGAGCUCUGCUUGAUAAAGGUUCACUGGCCAGUGAAAGGUUAGCAAGCCAGAGCUGGCAGGGAGGUUUCC